CGCCUCCACGCUGCUGCUGCACUUUCCCGGAUCUCUCUCUCCUGCGCAGGUCUCCAUUCGCUUGUUGCUUGUGUUCGCGCUUCCAGGCUGCAGUCCGCUCUCACUGAUCCCCAAACUGUUUCAGUCGCGGAGUUUGUUAGUGCUGUAUGAGACUCUAGUUAUCCUUCUGCGAGCCGCACAGAGGCGGUCUGUUAUGAUCCAGUGUGGGAACCUGAUCUGCGCCUCCUCGCCGGGAGGGAAAAGCUCGCUGCCUCGGCGCGAGAGUGAUUUAGUGACACAUUAACAGAGUCGGAGUGUUUACAAGCGACGCAUAAAAGUCGCUAACCGAAUGUCACCUGAGAGACGCAGGAGGCACCAGCUUAUGGUUGAGUGAAGCUCUGAGUCUCUGCGUGCUGAAAUAAGCACGAGUUUAAUAUUAACAAUAAAAAAAAAAAAAAAAAGACUGAUCGGCCCUGGAGAUGCGAGUGAGACAGAAGAAAACGCACCCGAGGAUCCUGGAGUCCUGAUGGGCGGGUGGAGGAGCGCGGUGUGUGUGUGACAGACAAGCAGACUGCACAACUUUUCCGUGGACCAAAGCUUAUUUAUAGGGAUCAGGAAUAAUAAUAAUAAUAAAUAAUAAUAAUUCUCGGCCGAGUCGUGUCAGGUUUAGAAGAUCCGUCGUGUAGGAAUCGGAGGCAGAACAGGUUGAGGCUGAGCUUUACCAGGAGAUUCUUGGAUCUUUUCCGCUCCAUGUCUGCGCCACGACGCAGCGAUUCAGUGUGACUGAAGUUCGGCUUAGUUUUGUCAGCGCGAGCGCGAGUCUGAGCCCCGAUCGUAGGAUUACAGGAUUACAGGAUUACACACAUCUCCACGCUUGAUCAUGGAAAUCGUUCAUGGAUCAGAGCGCGGACGGAGCGGGGACACCGAGCUGCAUCCCGGAUCAGUGCGCAGCAGAGCCCCGGGAGCGCAGCGCUCUCAUCGAGGUCCUGCAAAGAGCAACAUCUACAAGGGGACUUCAGGCGGCAGGAGGACGUCGGAUCGCAUCUCAGACACUGUAAGAAGUUACAGGAGAAGGAGAAAGUUCGCACUGUGUGUAUGGAGUUACUGGGCGCUCCUCUGUCUCCAGAUCCACGUGUUGAAAGCUCAAGGUGACGUGGCCCCAUACUUCAAAACUGAACCAGGGCCUCCGGAAAUCCAUCUGGAGGGAAACCGGCUGGUCAUGACCUGUCUGGCGGAGGGCAGCUGGCCUUUGGAGUUCAAAUGGAUCCUUAACAACACAGAUAUAGCUGCAUUCUCCCCAGAGUACAAGUAUAUUAUACCAUCCCUCCAGCGCUCUGACAUGGGUGUAUACCAGUGUGUGGUGAGAAACCGAAUGGGCGCGCUGCUCCAGAGAAGAGCUGAGAUACAAGUGGCAUACAUGGGAGACUUUGUUGAAGCUGACCAGCGCAAGACGGUGACCCAGGGCCGGGCAGCCAUCUUAAACUCACCAGAUGUCAGCUCUUUUCCCCGGCCACAGGUCACAUGGUUCAGGGACGGCUACAAGAUCAUUCCCAGCAGCAGAGUGGCCAUAACCAUGGAGAACCAGCUCGUAGUGUUGGCCACGGCCGCGGCGGAUGCCGGAAGGUACUACGUCCAAGCUGUCAAUGAGAAGAACGGCGAAAACAAGACGAGCCCAUCCAUUUACCUACAUGUGGCAGUAAGCAAGAGGAAUCGUGGAUCACAUGAUUGGGAGGCCCCUGCAGACCCGGUAGCCCCAGUAAUAGUGAUCCCUCCAAGGAAUACAACGGUAGUGGCAGGGGUGAGCGAGGCCACACUGGAGUGCGUCGCUAAUGCACGGCCUGUGGACAAGCUGAGUUUGGUGUGGAGGAGGAAUGGUGUGGAGGUGGCCAGUGGAGUGGGCUCUUUCGGGCGCCGCCUGACCAUCGUUAACCCCACCACUGCAGACAUGGGUCUGUACAUGUGUGAGGCCUCUCUACUUGACAGUAGCGUCAAGCCAGCCGAGGCCAGAGCUUUCCUCUCUAUUAUAGAGACUCCCUACUUCACAGCCGAGCCCAGGAGGAAGAUGAUGGGAGAAGUGGAGAAAAGCAUGGAUAUCCCGUGCCAGGCUCGAGGUGUGCCUAUGCCCAAGCUGGAGUGGUAUAAGGAUGCAGUGCCACUCAGCAAGCUGAAUAAUCCACGCUAUAAAGUCAUCUCCAGCAUGGGACUGCAGAUCAGGAGACUGCAGCCUAACGAUGCCGGCAUCUUCCAGUGCUUUGCUAGGAAUGCGGCUGGAGAGAUGCAGGUCCACACCUAUCUAGAUGUGACAAGUAUGGCUCCAGCAUUCAGCACUUCACCGGUUAACAUCAAUGUGACCGACGGCGCUGUGGCCUCCUUCACCUGUCAGGUCUCUGGUGCUCCAAAACCAGCCAUCACCUGGAUGAAAGGUUCACAGAUACUAGCCAGUGGCUCAGUACAGAUUCCACGCUUUACACUACUGGAGUCUGGAGGACUGCAGGUGCAGCCGGUGGUGCUGCAGGAUGCGGGGACAUACACCUGCUACGCCGCGAACAGUGAGGGGGCGAUCAAUGCCAGCGCUGAUCUUACUGUUUGGAGUCGCACCUACAUCUCCCAGCCUCCUACGGACCGGCGUGUCAUCAAGGGAACGACGGCUAUUUUGGAGUGUAAUGCCAUACAUGAUGCUCGCGUGCACGUAAGGUUUGUGUGGAUGAAAGGCAGCGAGGUGGUCAGUCAAUCCAGAGGAGGACGGAUUAGCGUGCAACAAGGCUCUCUGCACAUCUCUCAGACAUGGUCGGGGGAUAUAGGCGAUUACACUUGUGAUGUGAUUUCGCUCGCUGGCAAUGACUCCAAGACCGCACGCCUAGAAGUGAUCGAGUUGCCUCACUCACCGCGGAACCUGCAGGCCAGCCUGAACGCUACAGACAGCCGCAGCGUGCACCUCUCCUGGAUGAGGCCCUUUGAUGGCAACAGCCCCCUGCUGCACUACAUUGUAGAGCUCUCAGAGAACAAUUCUCCGUGGAGGGUAUACUUGCCAAACGUGGAUCCGAUGCUGACGACAGCCGAGGUGACUGGUCUCACGCCUGCACGAACCUACCAGUUCAGAGUGUGUGCUGUCAAUCAAGUAGGGAAAGGACAGUACAGCAGUGAGACAAACCGAUUGAUGCUGCGGGAAGAGCCGCCCAGUGCUCCACCUAAAAACAUAGUAGCCAGUGGCCGCACAAAUCAGUCCAUUAUGGUGCAGUGGCAGCCGCCUCCAGAGCCGCAGCUCAAUGGUGUGCUCAGAGGUUACGUCCUCAGGUAUCGGCUGGCGGGGCUCCCUGGUGAGUACCAACAGCAAAAUAUCACCAGCCCUGAUAUCAACUACUGCCUCAUCACUGAACUCAUCAUCUGGACACAGUAUGAGAUCCAGGUGGCGGCGUACACAGGAGCAGGCCUCGGUGUCUUCAGCCAGCCUGUCGCUGAGUACACACUCCAGGGAGUUCCUACAGCACCCCCUCAGGACGUAGAGGUUAUUGCUGUCAACUCAACCACCAUCAGAUUUACUUGGAAUCCACCACCUCAGCAGUUCAUAAACGGCAUUAAUCAAGGUUACAAGCUAAUGGCUUGGCCUGAACACUCUCCUGAAGCCACCACAGUUAUGACCAUCACCCCCGAUUACCAUGGUACCCGUCAUCAGGGCUACAUCAGUGGCCUGAAAAAGUUUACUUGGUACCUCACCUCAGUGCUGUGCUUCACCACGCCAGGAAAUGGCCCUCGCAGCUCUCCAAAACUCGUCCAAACGCAUGAGGACAUUCCAGGCCCUGUAGGACGUCUGAGCUUUACUGAAAUCCUAGACACGUCUCUGCGUGUCAGCUGGGAGGAGCCUGUGGAGAAAAAUGGAAUCAUUACAGGUUACCUGUUGUCCUGGGAGGCACAGGGGCAGAAGGAAUCACGUGUCGAGCGCACCAUGUCCAAUAGCACACUGGAGUACAAGGUGACCGGCCUCACCUCUCUCACCACCUACACCUUAGAGGUUGCAGCCAUGACUGGUGCAGGCAUGGGCACACUCUCGUCUUCCACUAUUUCCUCUGGUGUGCCCCCAGAACUUCCUGGACCCCCUACAAACCUCCAAAUCUCCAAAAUCAGCCCACGAUCUGCCACUUUGAAAUUCCGGGCAGGGGAUGAUGGGAAAACAUCCAUCUCUAAAUGGAUUGUGGAGGGACAGGUGGGCAGCACUGGCGAAGAAGAAGAAUGGAAGGUGCUGUAUGAGAAGGAGAAUGAUCCAGAAGCUCAGGUCCUGGAGGUGCCUAACCUGACUCCAUUUACACACUACAGGUUCCGCAUGCGUCAGGUGAACAUCGUGGGCUCAAGCGAGGCGAGUGAGCCAUCUCGGGUGAUCCAGACUCUUCAGGCUCCUCCUGAUGUCGCUCCCAGCAGCGUGAGCGUCCGUACGGCCAGUGAGACCAGUGUGUGGUUCCGCUGGGUGCCUCUGCCGGAGACCGAGUAUAACGGGAACCCAGAGAGCAUGGGCUACAGGAUACGGGUGUGGCGUGCUGAUCAGCGAGGUGACGCCAGCACUAAGAUGGUGAAUGACAGGUUGGAGAGAGAGAUCACAUUGGAGGGCUUAGAAGAGUGGACCGAGUACCUGUUCCAGAUCCAGGCUUUCAACUCCAUCGGCCCUGGACCCUGGAGUGAGCCCGUAAAGGGACGUACACGUGAGUCAGUGCCAUCUGGAGCACCGGAGAACGUGACAGCCGAGGCCAUGAGCUCUACACGCAUGCUGGUGACAUGGGGACCUGUUCCAGAGCCGCAGCAGAACGGCAACAUCCUUGGAUAUAAGGUGCUGUACCGAGAAAAAGACUCGGGUACGGAGCCACAGGUGCAGCUGGUGAAGGGGAAUCUAACACAGUCAGUGUUACUGCGGAACCUGUGCAAGUAUGUGCAGUACGAAAUCCAGGUCCUGGCCUUCACACGCAUUGGAGAUGGCCAGCUCAGCAUCCCUCCUGUCCUGGAAAGGACUAAAGAUGAUGUUCCAGGCCCACCCAUGAAACUGGUGUUCCCCGAGGUGCGUCUGACGGAGCUCAGGGUGGUCUGGCAGCCUCCAGUAGACCCAAACGGCAUCAUUAUGGGGUAUCAGGUAGCAUACCGGCUGGAUUCUGGAGAUCCAAAUAAGUUCACCACGGUGGAAGUGGGCGCAGACACCACACAGUUCACGGCUAGCGGUUUGCUCCCUGAGUCUGCUUACAUCUUCCGCAUUUCAGCCAAGACCCAGCAGGGCUGGGGUACAGCCGCACAAGCUGUGGUCAUCACUACAGAGAUCAGAGAGCGGCCCCAGCCUCCACUGCAGCUCAGUGCACCCCAGGACCAGGUUCAGUCACGCCAGCUCAAGUUGGAGUGGGUGCCAGGAGGAGAUGGAUCUUCACCAGUUCGCUAUUUCACAUUACAGCUACGCCAACUGCCCAGUGAUGACUGGAUCACACACUCAUCCUCCAUUAGCCACAACAGCACCUCCUAUGUGGUGGACCGGCUGAAGCCCUACACUUCAUACAAGCUGAGAAUGAUGGCGACUAAUGACAUCGGUGACAGCAAGUACAGCCGAGAGACCGAUGCAAUUACGACUUUACAAGAUGUUCCAGAUGAGGCUCCUGUUAUUCAGACAGUGAAGCCCUCCACUACUACCUCAGUUCUGGUGCAGUGGCAGCCACUGAAGGAGGAGACCGUGAACGGAGUGCUGGUGGGCUACCGGCUGUAUUACCGUGAACUUCAGUAUGACAGUACACCACAGGAGGCCAAGAAGACCAUCAACAGCACUUCAGCACGGGCAGACCUGACAGCCAAAAGUACUGUGAAGACUGUGAGUAAUCCUUCCCUGACGGAAUUCGAACUCACCCAGCUGGAGAAAUACCAGCGCUACGAAAUCAUGAUGACGGCCUACAACAUCAUUGGCGAGAGUCCUGUUAGCGCUCCAGUGGAGGUGUUUGUAGGAGAAGCAGCUCCCUCCGUGGCCCCUCAGAAUAUCCAGGUCAACACCGUGUCAUCCACCCAGCUUGAGGUGCAAUGGGAGCCGCCCCCAGUCGAGACGCAGAAUGGCAUCAUCCAGGGCUAUAAGAUUCACUACUGGGAGAUGGACAACCAGAACGAAACGGAAAAGAUGAAGAUCCUCUUUCUGCCCGAGACAAGUGUGCGACUGAAAAACCUGACCAGCUAUACGUACUACAUGGUCAAACUGUCUGCAUUUAACGCGGCAGGAGAUGGUCCACUCAGUGAGCCCAGGAGGGGGCGCACUCUUCAGUCAGCCCCAAGUGCUCCUAGCUUUAUUACUUUCUCUGAAAUCACCGGCACUACUCUGAACGUGUCGUGGGGAUUUCCUGUGUCUCCGAACGGAGUUGUCGAGGGCUACAGGGUGGUAUAUGAGCCCACUGCCCCUAUUCACGGCAUAAGCAAAGUGGUGACAGUGGACAUUCGGGGCAGCUGGCAACGCUGGUUAAAGGUGCGAGACCUGACGAAGGGGGAGACCUACUGCUUUCGUGUGCAGGCCAAAACCGUCAGCUACGGCCCCGAGGCCGAGGCCAACAUCACAGCAGGACCCGUGCAAGGUUCUCCAGGAUCCCCCGUCAAAACAUCAGUCACGAAGUCUGGCUCUGGCCUGACCAUCCGUUGGAUACCAGGAGAUACAGGAGCUGGCCAUGUGACAGGCUAUGUCAUCGAGGCACGCCCUUCAGAUGAGGGAUUGUGGGAUACCUUUGUUAGGCACCUGCCCUCCUCCAGCACCUCCCACACUGUGAGUCUGGAUCGUUUGCGCCACGGAGUCAGCUACCAGUUCAGAGUGCUGGCUGUCAACGAGCACGGCUACGGCGAGCCAAGUGCGCCCUCUGCUGCCAUGUCGGCCCAGAUGGACACCCCGUUUUAUGAGGAGUGGUGGUUUCUGAUAAUCCUCGCUCUGAGUGGUCUGAUUCUGCUGCUGAUGAUUGUUUUUGGGCUCGUCUUGCAUGGACAAAACAAGAAGUACAAAAGCUGUGGAACAGGUAAAGCUGUGUCCACGGUAGAGGAGAGGGUCACACUGGACAAUGGGGGCUUCACAGCUCUGGAGCUGAACAGCAGACCUAUCCAUGUCAAGAGCUUCCUGAGGAAGAACGGCACCCGAUCCCCACCUCGGCCCAACCCUGCAGGCUUGCGCUAUUCAGACGAAGAUAUCUGCAACAACUACAAUGGUGCCGUGUCCACAGACUGCACAGCCCUUACAGAAAGAGCUGCAGAGCUGUCUGAAUCGGAGGCCACAGACAGUGAGUGUGAGGAGGAACCGAUCAAGCAUUCAUUCGUGAACCACUACAUGAGUGAUCCGACUUACUUCAACUCAUGGAAGCGGCAGCAAAAAGGCCUGAAGGAGACGCUUGCCUGCGCGUACGAGGAGUGCGACACUGGAGACAGAGAGGGCUACUAUCAGACUGUUGUGACCCAACACAGUGUUGGAGGAGUGUACACACCUGCUGGCCAGCCUGCACCAGGCUCACGUACUCCUCUCACAGGCUUCUCAUCCUUCGUGUGAUGCUCCCCGAGGAGCAGGAACCCUCUGCAGGUCUCUCGUUCUGGUAACUGAGGGAUUUGGGAAAAGGCACAACACGUGGGAAGACGUUUUUGCUGUACAUUCAGUAUGAGCACUACAAAGGGACAAUUUGAAUGUCCUCUCAGAAGAGUGACAAGAACUCAUGGAUAAGCACUGGAACCACAGGCUGAGAGAAAAAUAAAGCAGAGUGUAUUACUGUAUAUGUUCCUCGAAGGCCCAGACUUGAGUGGAGAAGAUGAGUAAAGACUUUUCAUCAGCUGGGGAUAAAACAGGAUGUUGCAGGGAACUCCUGUUUAUCUACAGGCUUGAUAACUGACACUACAUUCCUACAGUGACUGUUUAUGGUGACACACACUCACACUCGACACAAGCAUUCCUGCCGCUACUCCCUUUAUGGAGGAUUUUAACCUAGGGCAAGCACUCUGUAAUUACUAUAUACUUUAAACUGUAUAUACUGUCAAGUCUGAAUAAUCUCACUCGCCUUCAGUGUCUCUAUAUAUAUACACGUGUUCUACUUGUGAUCGAAAAGAUCAUGAAACUGUGACAAGUGUGAUGAGGAAGCACAGUGCAGUGGGACUCAGCCAUGACCAUAGCUCCAGAGUUUACUACACUGUCUACUCAACUGGAGCCCAUUAAUCAAAGAGCCAGCCUCACAAUCAGUCGUGCAGUGAUUCUUUGUGUUGCAUGUCAUCCUCACACACAACAUUACAAUUAAAAAUUCGUAUUGUUACCUUUUUAUCGGGCUGAACAACUGCAGUCACUUCAAAUACUUGUGGGUUUUUUUUUUCUUGUUGUUGUUUUUCGUAUGUUCACAGAUUAAGCGUAACGCUAGACCAAACCAGCUUCAGAGAAAUCCUCAAAGCCUGGGUUAAACUUUGGGUGAAACUGGAUUGUUUUCAUUCCAGUCAUGGAGGCAACACCUAAUACACAAACUGUGGUUCAAAUGGUGUACUUUAAGUAAUGGAAGAUGUUAGUGUACUAUUAACACAGCGACGAUGUACUGAAAAAGUGCCGCCAACCUGUUCUAUGCAGCAUAAUGGGCGCUAAUUAUAAGCAGAAAGCUGUUCCUGUGGAGGCUUUUCUGACACAAUGAUGUGAGGUACCGGUACCACAUUUAGUGCAAAAUAUCAGUGUCUGAUUUGAGAGGUUAUUCAGGGUCGGCUGACGUAAAUGAGCUUAGACCACCUGUCUUUCAAAGAUUAAAGAAAAAGCCUGCAGGAUAAUGUUUCAUUUCUGCCAUGUACCUCAGAUUAUUUCCUAGGGAUUGUUUUGGAUUUUGGUGGAACCAAGCACAACAAUGAUUGGAAGAAUAAUACAUGGAAGAUUCUUCGAUUUAGUGUACCCCGCUUCACUGACACACCCGUAUACUUCAUCAGCAGAUAUUUAGAAGGCGAAUGAGGUGAAUUAUUUACUCUUAAUAGCUUUUCAAGGAGAAACUACAAAUAGAUAGAUCAAGCACACAUUGUCCAAAGUACAAAUUACACAAAAAGGACAGAUGACAGAAUUAUAGAGCCUUGAGACAUAAUACAUCACUCAGCCCUAACAGAUUCAGCUACUAAUAGAUAUUAGGUUUAAUAGCUCCUAUUGGCUAUCACAACCAGCUGUCGUUGAUGCUACUACAGGACAAACCUUCAGGUACUACAGGCACUACUUGAGUAUACAGUACGAUUGUAUGCCAUUUGAGACACAGGUGCAUUUCUUUCUGUUUUCUCUUUUCAAACACACCUGAUUUAACUCAUACCAGGUUUGAUUAGCCACUGAUAUGACUCACGUGUGUUUAAACGCUGUGCAGUACAAAACUGGUUCAUUACAAUGAGCUUUUGCACAUUAUUUACAUUAUUUACAGUGUUCUGGAUGAGAGACAUUGUGAGUUUGGGGAUCAGAAAAAGCCCAGGAUCACAUUUUUCUGAAACUAUAUGAAAUUUGAGCACAAAUGAAAACAUUUCAGUCGCUGGUUUGAAGAAGUGUCAUGUCCGUAAAUGUCAUAUCCUCACAAGGGGAUGUGUGGAACAUCUUUGGAUGUAAUGAUUGUGAUGGAUGGAGUGUGAACUUGUAUUUCCAGCGCUCAUAAGCCAUAAGGACAUAGCUUUCUUUUUUUUUAUUCUUUCAGUUGCUUUCUAUUCAGAUUCACUUUUCUUUCCUAGUUUUAAAUAUUUGCCUUUUUAAUUUUAUGUGCUAGAGAUGUACAAAGGUUAUUCUUUUUCUUUCUUUUUCUUUCUUUCUUUCUUUCUUUCUUUCUUACUAUAGUGCUGUUAUAGAGUGAUGCAGCACCAUUUGUAAUUUUCUUACUAUGUAUGAGGAUUUUUUAAAUGUUAUUUUAUUUUAUUUUUUUGCAGCUUUUGAAGUGGUGGACAAAGCAAAGUAACAUGUUCACGUUUAUACCUGUCAUUUCACCCCAGCACGAGUGUAUGUCUUCAACAUCCGUGAAGUAAAGGCAGUUUCCCAGUUUUUCAGUGAAAGUAAACGUUUACUACUGACUUAAAA